AUAUCUAUAAAAGCUGUCAGUCAUUGUAAUAAUUUCUCAAAAAGUGUUUAAAGUUUGACUAGAUUUCAAACGCAGUUCCGAUUGAGAAGGAAGCAAGCAUCAUAACAAAAUGGAUGACAGAAAUGAUAAAUAUUCUUCCCAGAUAUGUGUUACGUGUAGAAACUUUGUCGCAAUUGCUUGCAAAAGUUGCGAACGCUUAUAUUGCUCGCUGGAUUGCCAAACACUGGAUUCUGUUGAUCAUGAAAACAAAUGCGGUAAUAUGACUAGUUCAAGGAACGCAGAGAAAGUCAACAAUGCAAUUGCGGUAGACCAUCUACAUGUGUCUAAUGUGCUACCAACUAACACUGAAGAAAAGCAUGAAAGUUCCGAAGCCAGUGCUUCAAACUUAAUAAAAAAGCAGAUUGAAGUUGAUUCGCAACAAAGUUUGAAUGGUCAAAAGAAUAAUGAACCCAAAACUUCAUCUCAAUAUCGUGGUGGUAUGACUUCACGAACUGAUAGCAGUACGCGCUCUCAGGCUCAACAUAACAAGCAAUAUUUUAAAAUGCGCAUGAAGGAAAAAUUCAAUAAAGGUAAUAAUGAUCAAAAACGAUCAAAUCAUGGUAAUACCGGUGAUUCACAUAAACGAAGUUCUAAUACUAAAAAUACUGCUCGUGUGAAUCAAGAGCAAUCUAACCAUACAAAACUUGACUCUGUUAAUCAACAAAAUAAGCAAGAAAAUAAAAAAUAUGAAGAAAGACACCGUCCGCAACCAAGUGGUGCUGAUGAUACACCACAUUAUGACAAACAGCGUGUGCAGUGUGACAAAAAACACGAUCGGAUUAAUCAGCAAUCCGGAAUGAAUCGUCAAAAUGGUGGACGUAUUGAACAGCAAUAUCGUAAUAAUAAAAACCAAAUUAGACGUAAUGCUCAACAAAGUAAACGUGAUGAUUUAGAAAGUAAUCAACAACGUAGCAUGUACGAUCAACGGCGUGGUCGCAGUAAUAGUGACCAACAACUACGUGAUUGUCAACAAAAUGAUCGAGAUGGACAACCUAAUGGUAUAGUUAGUCAAUCACAGCUUCAUAAUCAAAAACGUCGUACGCACCAUCAUGAUCGCAAAUGUCGUAAUAAUGCGGGCCAACAACGUGAGCGAGCUAAUCAACAAAAUGCUUAUACCGAUCAACAACGUAGACGCGAUAAUGCACCCCGAGCUCGCAUGGGUGGCGUUAACAACCAAAGCAGCCGCAGUUGUAUGCAUCGUGAUCUUGUUGAUAAUGCGGACCAACAACGUUUGCAUUCUGACCAAGAAGAAUAUGCGUGUGCUGACAAACAUUUAAUGGCUAUUCAGCAUCCUGUCACAGUUAAUCCACUAAGCGAGACUAAUGAUCCAAAGCAGCAGUCCGAUGUUCAAAGUCGUGAGCGUGAUGGUCAACAUUAUAUGCGUAGUGAUCAACGACAAGAGCGUAAUAAUCAAGAUCACAAGUGUAAUAAUAAGCAUCAUAAACGUAUCGGUGAACGUUAUGAACCAAGAGGUGAAUAUCGCGAACGUGUUGGUAAAAAUCGCGAAAGUAUUGAUAAGUAUAAGGAUCGUGCUGGCAAACGUCGGGAACGUGUUGGUAAACAUAACGAACAUGCUAGUAAACAUCAUGAGCACGCUGGUAAACUUCACGAUCAUGUAGUUAAACACCAGGAACGUGCCAGUAAACAUCACAACCGUGCUGGUAAACGCCACGAGCAUUCUGGUAAAAAUGACGAACAUGCUGAUAAGCAUCAUGAACGUUACGGUGAACGUCAUAGGCUUAUUGUUGAACCUCACAAGAGUGUUGGUGAACAUCACGAGAGUGCUGCUGAACAUCAGGAGUGCGCUGCUGAACAUCACGUCAGUGAUGGUGAAUAUCACGUCAGUUAUAAUGGUGAACAACAUGUUAGUGACGAUGGUAAAUAUCAAUUGAGUGAUGGUGGUGAACAUAACUUGAGUGAUGGUGGUGAACAUCACUUGACUGAUGGUGGUGAACAUCACUUAAGUGAUGGUGAUGAACAUGGCUUGAGUGAUGGUGGUGAACAUCACUUGACUGAUGGCGGUGAACAUCACUUGAGUGAUGGUGAUGAACAUGGCUUGAGUGAUGGUAGUGAACAUCACUUGACUGAUGGCGGUGAACAUCAUUUGAGUGAUGGUGGUGAACAUGGCUUGAGUGAUGGUGGUGAAAAUCACUUGAGUGAUAGUGGUGAACAUCACUUGAGUGAUGGUGGUGAAAAUCACUUGAGUGAUAGUGGUGAACAUCACUUGAGUGAUGGUGGUGAACAUCACUUGAGUGAUGGCGGUGAACAUCACUUGAGUGAUGGCGGUGAACAUCACUUGAGUGAUGGUGGUGAACAUCACUUGAGUGAUGGUGGUGAACAUCACUUGAGUGAUGGUGGUGAAAAUCACUUGAGUGAUAGUGGUGAACAUCACUUGAGUGAUGGCGGUGAACAUCACUUGAGUGAUGACGGUGAACAUCACUUGAGUGAUGGCGGUGAACAUCACUUGAGUGAUGGUGGUGAACAUCACUUGAGUGAUGGUGAUGAACAUCACUUGAGUGAUGGUGGUGAACAUCACUUGAGUCAUGGUGGUGAACAUCGCUUGAGUGAUGGUGGUGAACAUCACUUGAGUGAUGGUGGUGAGCAUUUCUUGAGUGAUCGGCCCGAGCGAGAUAUUGAACAUUACGACCGUGAUGGCGAACAACACGAACGUGAUAUUAAUUUCCAAGAACGUGGCGGUGAACAUCACAAGCCUGACGGUAAAUAUCAGGAGAGUGACCGUAAACAUCACAAAGGUUCUGGUCAUCAACAGAAGCGUGCUGGUAAAAACUAUGAACGCGCUUAUAAAAAACAAGUGACUAAUAAACAACAGCGUGUACUUGUUAAGCAAGAUAUACAACAACAGUCCAAUUCACUUGAUGAUAAAUUACACGAACGUAAUCAUAUACAAGGCGAAGGUAAUAAUCAAACGUAUGGGAUGCAUAAUCGACCCAAUAAGAAGGUUUAUCAUCAUCGUCGAGAAGUUGGUGGUGUUGCUCAACAACGUGAGCGUACUGGACAGUGUGUGCCCAGUGACCAACAACAUGUCUCAGUGAAUAAGAAGCUCAACUCACUUGUAAAGCAUGGCAAUCAACAACGUGAAUGUAAUAAUAAUCAACACGAUGCUGCGCAUGCUCCUAACCAACGUGUACGUAGUGGCCAACGCCGUGGCGCUUCUCAACACUCUGAACAUACUGAUCAGCCUGUGCUUGAAAAUCUAAACCAUAUCCCUACUGAUUUACACGGCGAAAGUAAUGAAUUGCAAGCUCAGCCAGAUAAUCAAAAGAACGAUGAACAGCUUAAAGGUCUUGAAUACGAAACCGCUCAACGGGGUAGACUUAAUGAUACUCAAAGCAAAACCGAUGAGGAUCAAAGGUGCGGUUCUGAUGAUCAAUUGACUGAAUUGCAUCAAUUCAAUGUUCCGGUUCUUAAUCCACCUUUCAAAAGAAUAAAAUUUGAUGAGAACAGUAAAAAUAUUCUGGCUCUUGUAAUUGAUACAAGUCGUAUUGAAGAUGGGUUCUUUGCUUGUAUUCCGGAUAGCAGUUAUCGUAAUUUCAUGAAUAUGCAGGAUUGUUUACGUCAAGUUGGAAGAACCAGAAACCCAUAUAAACCUUCAUUGCAUGAAUUUUGCAUAGCUUUCCAAGAAGGUUUCUGGUAUCGAGCUAAGGUUCUAGAUAUUAAUGAAACUCAGUUCAAUGUCGAGUUUAUUGAUUUUGUCUACGAAGGUCAUGUUAGUAGUGAGAAUAUUCAAAAGUAUCCCACUGGAUUAAAUGAAGUGAACUCAACUAAUCUAUGUAAGCUUGAAGGUUUGCCUGAAAAACUUAAGCCGGAGCUGAUAAAUCAUUUAAAAGAAAUGGAAUUCAAAAAAGUAUUGAUUUCGGAAGUUCGAGUUGAGGGCGAAACAUUAGUUGUCAAAUGUCCAAAGUUAAUGCAGGAACUUUCGGAUUUGAAGUACAUAUAAAUAUUUUUUUGUUUCCAAAAUUCAUACGAGCUUUUUAUAUGAAUAUGAUUUAUAAAUACAAACGUUUAAACAGUAAAGGAAUUUCUUCCAUUAAUGCAAUAUUGUACAGCAGAUUAAAGUUGUC